AUGAGGACUCAAGCUAUUGCCGCCCUUUUUCUGUCUUUCGUGACUCUUGCAACUGCAUGUUCCGACGCAACUGCAUGUGUUAAUGGUGGACACCAGAGAGUUAAGCGUGAUGAGGGAAUCAUUGAGUACGCCGCUGUAACGUUGUUAGAUACCGCUUGCGAGACUGAAUUUCACCCCGAUCAGCUUGAUAUUGCCUGGGUGGAGCUCAUUGCCUCCAACACAAUUCUGCGGGUGAACGUGACAAGUGGUGAGCAACAGCGGUUCCCGCUCAAGAAUCCCGCCGGACUCCCCAGUGGCAUGGAGUUCCUGCCCGAUGGUUACCUGUGGUUAUCCGAAGUAGCCGGCAACAGCAUGGUAAGGUUGGAUCCAGCGGAUGGCAGCAUGACUGAAUAUCCGUUCCCGUGGAGCAACAUCACAGUCAUCGACGAUCUCCCUGUCGGUAUUCGCGUAACCAUUGAUGUCUCCGGCAACCGUGACCGUGGAGCUUGGUUCACAGCCGUCGGUCUGAAUGGUAUUGGCCGCAUUGAUAUUGACACCUUUGAAUAUGAGAUUUUCCCGUUACCCAACCUUCUGUCGGCUCCACUCAUUAUCCAAGGUGGCCCGGGAUCUACCAUGGUGUUUUCGGAAAUCUUGGGAAACAGGGUCGGCACCAUUGACGUGAACACCAAAGAGAUCAAAGAGUACGAAAUCCCAACGCCGCUAUCACUGCCACAAGGUGUAGCGACAGACCCCGACGGUCUCAUUUGGUGGUCCGGUACCGGCAGUGGAAACAUUGGUACCAUCAAUGUGACGACGGGCGAAGUGACUGAGAUAUCCAUCGCCGAAAUUCGGGCUAGUGGUAAUUCUACUGUGGUGGGUGAUCCCGGUAGCAUUGGGUCCUCCGGUGCUCUGGCGCUACCAGGUCCAAUCCGCGUCGGUGCUGAUGGCAAGGUCUACUUUGUGGAAGGCAACUUGGUCUUUUUGGGCAAUCGGGUUGGGCAAUAUGACCCAAAAACCAAGCAACUUGUGGAGUUCUUGACACCAACCAGUCUCAGCGGCCCGUGUGAUAUCAACAACCAACAUCCGGACGCCAUGUACUUCGCAGAGUUUACAGGUGCCCAUCUUGGUCGACUCGACUACUGA